GUCUCGCGAGAUCCGUGUCGGUGAAGGCGGAAGAGGAGUCCGCUGUUUGUUUGGGUUUCACUUGACAAAAUGGGGACGCGUCCUGGCGCUCUGCUCCUUCUUGGACUCCUGCUCUUCCCCGCGUUGGUUUCAGCCUCCGAAGAUGUGUUCAACAGCGUGCUGGGGAGCACGCUGUCCUGCCAGAAGUCGUGCGAGAUGACGUACAGUUUGCACACGUAUCCCCGGGAGGAAGAGCUGUACGCCUGUCAGAGAGGCUGCCGCCUGUUCUCUAUUUGCCAGUUUGUCCGUGACAGCGAGGAUCUCAACCAGACCAAGUCUGAGUGUGAAUCAACCUGCCGAGAAGCGUACAAAAACGCCAAUGAACAAUACGCCUGCAUCCUGGGCUGCCAGAACCAGCUUCCGUUCGCUGAGCAGCGACAAGAGCAGUUGGAGGCCAUGGUGCCGAAGAUUCACCUGCUCUACCCGCUGGCUCUGGUGCGCGGCAUGUGGGAGGACGUGAUGAGCACGGCGCAGAGCUUCAUCACUUCAUCCUGGACCUUCUACCUGCAGGCCGACGAUGGCAAAGUCGUCAUCUUCCAGACGGAACCAGAGGUCCAGUUUUUCACCGAGCUCAACAUAGACAGACAAAACCAGGAUUCCCGAAAGAGCUUCUUCAGCAGUCCCUUCUUCAAAGACUACGAGCGCACUUUGAUCCAGGAGCGAGAGCUGAGCGAGGAUCAGAGCUACAGGGAAUACAACUUCUUCAGCUGUCUCUCCAGGACUCACUGGCUGCCCGGCUGGAUCCUCACCAUGACGCUCACCUUGUCUUGUUUCGUCCUGAUCUGGAUCUGCUGUGCCACCGUGGCCACGGCCGUCGACCAGUACAUGCCGACCGAGAAACUGAGUAUCAACGGCGACGGCGAGUACAUGGCUGAGAAGAAGCUGAAGCCGUACCCGGCCUCCUCCCUGCUCAUCGUCGCCUCCGUGCCGGGCCAAGAGGAGGCGGGGCCGCUUCCUCCCAAAGUCAACCUGGGCCAGUCCGACAUCUGAAGGCCAACCCCCGCAUCUUCCUCAAAUUUUUAAACCUUUUGACCCUUUUAUAUAAGGAUGCUCCUUUAGAAUCAACGUGGUGGUCUGGUUUGGGGCUCGACCGGGGCAUUACCUGCAGAUCGAUGUGUGAUUCUGUGUGUGUGUGUGUGUGUGUGUGGUGGCUCACCAUUGAGUGGAGGACGGGGAGGUGAGGAGGCUGUUGAGCGUGGAGGAACUGAGGAUGCUGAGGGACUUUCUGCUGUUGUGGUUUCUAGACUCUUGACUUUUGCAAUGAAUUAGCUUGUCGACUAAAAGACGUUCCACUUCACUGUUCGGUAUCUGAAGUAAAUAAAGUUGAGAAAACCAGCUGA